AUGGUAUCAGCUACUUCAAAGAAAGCUUUAAUAGCAACUGGAAGCAAGCCGUCUCGUCCAUGCCCCUGCUGCAAGGCGAUUCACAGGAUAUACGACUGUGGAAAAUUCAAAGAAUAUACGAUAUCUGAACAGUUGGAUGUAGUUAGGGACAAUCGGUUAUGCUUUAAUUGCCUAGCGCCAUUCCACACAGCUGAUAAUUGUAAGUCGAGUUAUUCAUGCAAGAAAUGUAAUCGGAAACACAAUACAAUAUUGCAUUUUGAAAAAAAUCAGGAAGAUCAUCGGUUACGAGAUGAGGCUUCAAGUUUGGUACCCUUAACUACUCCACCAAUGACGCAACCAUCUAGAGCUAAGAGCUUGGUGUCAGUCCCAAAAACCAAGAAAGUUAUUCAUGUAUUUUUGGCCACUGCAAUAGUAUUAGUUAGAGAUAACCUUGGUGUAUAUCGUAAGUGUCGAGCUGUUAUGGAUAGUGGCUCUCAGGUGAACUUCAUUUCAAGAGGAUUUGCGAAGCGACUUCAACUACCAUCGAAGAGGAUGAUGCUGCCUAUAAGUGGUAUCGGCUCCAGUUCAAUUCAAGCCUCCAGCAGCAUAGAUAUUCACUUGAAAUCUUGCGUCAAAAACUUCGGUGCUCACACAGAUUGUUAUAUAUUGCCAGUAAUUGCCGAGGAGCUACCUUCCGUUAAAUCACCAGAGGAAGGAUGGAAAAUACCGAAAGAAUACACCUCAUUGCUGGCCGAUCCUUCGUUCUGCGAAUCAGGACCCAUUGAUUUAUUGAUUGGGUGUGGCAUUUUCUUUGAAUUAAUGGAAGUCAAACGUAUACCAUUGUCUUCGGGAACACUUUGUUUACAAGAAAGUAAAUUGGGUUGGAUUGUUACGGGAGGAAUCCAUUCCACGUGUUUACUUAGUGUCGGUGAGGUAUUAGAAGAUAAUUGGAGAAAGCAAGGAAUUGUAGAAGAAGAUGACAAUGGCAGAUUGUCCAAGAAUAAUCAGAAGUGUCUCGAAGAGCAGCAAGCGUUGGAACAUUUUCAAGCUACCGCUACGCGUAAUAUUGAAGGAAGAUUUGUACUACGCUUACCAUUCAAGGCAGGUGCAGUGGAAUUAGGGGACACGUUAACAAUGGCGAGAUGUAGGUUCUUAAGUGUGGAACGAAAACUGCUGCGGGACGAUAAGCUAAGAGAGGCUUAUAUACAGUUCAUGGACGAGUAUUUGUCAAUGGGACAUAUGGAAAAGAUAGACGAACCAGAAAGGCCUUCCCGAGUCUGUUAUCUGCCCCAUCACCCAGUUGUAAAAACAUCAAGCUCAACCACCAAGGUACGAGUGGUAUUCGAUGCUUCGGCAAAGGGAUCUAACGGCAAGUCACUUAAUGAUUUAUUGAUGCGUGGGCCCGUAGUACAAGGAGAUAUCUUUACAAUUUUAUGCAGAUUCCGUAAGCAUAGUUAUGUGAUUUCUGCAGACGUAGAGAAGAUGUACCGCCAGGUGGUUAUUGCAAAGGAAGAUUGCGAUAUGCAAAGGAUACUAUGGAGAUCCACGCCAAGCGGGCAACUCGAGUCGUAUCGCCUUCUAACGGUCACCUAUGGAACAACACCAGCGUCGUUCAUAGCUAUUCAAUGUUUAGUGGUGUUAGCCGAUCAAAAUAAGACAGAAUUUCCAGACGCUUCCAAGGCUAUCAAAAAUGACUUUUAUAUGGACGACCUAAUGACCGGCUGCGAGUCGGAGAAAGAAUGUUUACUAUUGCAACAACAAAUUUCCUUUAUAACCAAUUCGGCAGGCUUACCCUUACGGAAAUGGUGCUCCAAUUCUAGCGCUAUAAGAGCUCGACUGUCUGGAUUUAGCGAAGACCCUCUUUUCGCAUUAGAAAUUCAAAAGGAAGACGCAGUGAAAUCCCUGGGACUACAUAGGCAAUCGGUCGAGGACGUGUUCCGAUUCUAUGGUGUUAUGAGAGUCACUACUAAUAAAACCACCAAACGAGGCAUUCUAUCUGACCUGAACAAGGUAUUCGACCCAUUAGGCUUCCUAGUACCGGUCCUAAUAAAAGGGAAGACAUUUAUCCAGCAAAUCUGGCAAUUAAAGAUAGAUUGGGACUGCGCACUACCGGAGGACAUACAACGUAGAUGGGAUAGUUAUUAUAGCGAACUCGAAGACUUACGACUGGUGACAGUACCUAGGUGUAUAUCUGCAACUGCGAGGAGUCCAAUUGAAAUACAUGGUUUUUGUGAUGCUUCCCAGGAAGCAUACGGCGCCUGUGUUUACGUACGCUCAAAGGAUCAAGACCAUAAGUGGCACUCUCGGUUGUUAUGUGCAAAGAGCAGAGUAGCAUCCUUGAAAGGUGAAACAAUACCACGUCUAGAAUUGAGUGGCGCUCUAACUCUGGUACACCUAAUCAGUAAACUCGCUUCAGCCUGGGAGGUGGAUUGUCGUGAAUGCCAUUUGUGGACCGACUCUACAAUUGUUCUAGGAUGGCUAAAUGCUCAGGCUGUUCGUCUCAAAGUGUACGUAGCAAAUAGGGUCGCUCAGAUACUGGAAAUAACAGAUCCAAAACAAUGGCGUUACAUAAAUACUGAAGAAAAUCCAGCUGAUAUAAUUUCCCGUGGUAGUAGCGCAAGGUGUCUUAGUAACUCAGAACUUUGGUGGAACGGUCCGAAGUGGUUAUCUGACAACUAUAAUGCAAUUACUCAAGAAGUGUAUUCUCCAAUAGAGGAAUGUAAUCUACCAGAACAACGUCCAUUGCAGUUGUCAUUAGUGAUAGUAGCAAAUAACGAUAAGAUCUUUCAACACUAUUCUGAUUGGAACAAGCUUAGAAAGGGCGUGGCCUGGUUGAGUAGAUUUGUUGAGUUUCUCCGUUCGAAGAGUUUAGUGUCUAAAACCAAGUACAUCACCUUAGCCGAAUUGCAAAAAGCCGAACAUUGGAUUUUAGUUAGAGUGCAUGCAGAAGCAUUUCCGGAGGAAAUAUCAGCAUACAAGGCCAAUAAAGACAUUUCACCAAGAAGCAAGUUAAAGAGCUUAGCACCGUUUAUGCGAAAUGGACUGAUCCUAGUUGGAGGCCGACUUUCAAAUUCUGAUCUAACUGAGGAACAAAAAUAUCCUAUAGUCCUUCCCUACCAGCAUACGAUCACGAAAUUGAUUUUUACCCACGUUCACCAUAAACUAUUGCAUUGUGGACCGCAGUUGUUACUUUCAGCCGUGCGUCAGGCUUAUUGGCCAUUAAAGGGCCGUCUAUUAGCUCUUUACACUGUCCGUCGGUGCGUUCCGUGUGUCCGCGCUAAGCCCACGUUCCAAAUUCCAUUAAUGGCACCGCUACCACAGCAGCGCGUUAAAUGUUCACGUCCGUUCACUAUCACCGGCGUGGAUUUCGCGGGUCCAGUCAUGUUACGAAGUGGUAGCCGCGGACGAGCUAACAAAAAAGCUUGGAUAUCGCUUUUUAUAUGUUUUGCAACAAAAGCCGUGCACAUAGAAGUUGUAGAAGAUUUAACCAGUCAAGCUUUUAUAGCUGCUUUAAGAAGAUUUAUGGCGCGAAGGGGAAAGCCAAAUGAAGUGUGGAGUGAUAAUGGCACGAAUUUUGUCGAAGCUCGUAAGGAAUUAGCUACAUAUGUAAAAGACAUAGGAUGUGGUUCUGUUGAAGAAGGCAUCUCGUGGCAUUUCAACCCCCUUCCGCACCACAUUUUGGAGGGCUUUGGGAGAGCGUGGUUAAGAGGGCAAAGUAUCACUUGUCUCGAGUAUUAA